AACACACAGCUACACAGUCAAUAUGGCGGACGAGAUGGAGAAACCGAAAAGUAAACGUGUGUUUGUUAACCACGUUGAUCAAUACCAAGGAAAGAACAUCGGGAAGUAUCUGUCUCGGUGUGUGGUUGGUUCAUCACUAGAGGAACCAGAAGAAGAAGAUGAUGCCAUGUCAACUACCAGUUCCAUUCCAUUGAUUAAUAAGGAGGGUUGCUAUGAGGUGGUUGGAACUCUCAAGGAUAGGGAAGCUCCCAAACCAGACUAUGUCAAGGAGAUCAUUCAGUUUGAAAACAAAGACCAGCUGUAUGAACACCUAGUCGAGUGUGAUGUGAUUUUGUAUGACAUCACGGAGGAUCCAGACCAGAUUGACGAGGCAGUCUGGGCAGUUUCAGAAAUUCACUCGGAUCUGGAUAAAAUUGAAAAGCCGAAGAUGUUUAUUUUGAUCUCCACUGUGAUGACCUGGGCCAAAAGCAAACCCCUAGACCCCGAUGAUCCAGAAAUUCCGUUCACGGAGGACGACUACAGACGGAGGAAACCUCACCCCAACAACAAGGAACACAUCAGUGCAGAGAAAACCGUCAUCAAGAUGGGCAAGACGAACAAAGCAAAGCUUGUUACCUACGUUGUGGCAUCAGGUCUGACAUAUGGAGCCGAGGAAAACAUCUUCCACUACCUGUUUAAGUCUGCCUGGCACAACGCACCACAGCUUCUGUGUUUUGGAAAUGGGCAAAAUGUUAUACCAACCAUCCACAUCAAGGACUUGGCAGGAGUUAUACAGAACAUAGCCGACAGCAGACCAAAGGUGCGCUACCUGAUCGCCAAGGAUGAUGCACAAAAUACGCUGGAGGAGAUAGUCAAGGCUGUGAGCCAGAACUUGGGCACUGGGAAAGUUAAGAUGAUCACAAAGGAAGAAGCAUUGCUCAGCAAAGAUAUCGAGCAAUCUGACUUUGACCAGCUGUUGGUCAACCUGAGGAUGGACGCGGUCAAUGUGAAGGAGAACAUGAGAGUGAACUGGGCAGCAGAGACUGGCCUUGUGGAAAACAUCCAACAGAUUAUCAAGGAAUACAAAGACUCUCGCAGAUUACAGCCCUUGCGAGUGUGUGUAGUUGGACCACCAGCUUCUGGCAAGUCUACAGUGGUUCAGCAGCUGUGUGAAUUCUACAAACUUCAUCACAUCAAGAUCAAGGAUGUUAUUGAUGAGGCCAUGGAUAACCUGACUACCACUGCGCGGCGAGCCGAUUCAGAGGACCAGGAGGAAGAAGAUGGGAAGGCUCAAGAUGCCCAGGACCUAAUUGACCGCAUCAAUGAGGGCAAGGACCAGACGACAGGCAGGCUCGAGGACCAGCAUGUCAUUCAGUUCUUCAAGGACAAACUUCUCUCCAUGUCCUGUCAGAACCAGGGCUUCAUUAUUGAUGGCUUCCCAAAGACCAUCGAACAGGCCAAGGAACUCUUCGCAUCUGAGGAUGACGAGGAACCAGAAGAAGCAGCUAAGGCUGGAAGCUAUAACAAAUUGUUGAUGCCAGAGUUUGUGUUUAACCUCGAGUCAAACGAUGACUUCCUGCAUAAUCGUGUUAUGAACCUGCCGGAGAGUGUAGUCAAUGGAACGCACAACACUGAGGAGGGCUUGAUACGGAGGCUGGACCAGUACCGCUCCAUCAAUAACGAGGAUGAAACUGUCCUCAACUAUUUCGACGAAAUUGAAUUCCACCCAGAAAAAGUCGAUGUCACAAAAGAUGAUUCACAUAUGAUGAAAGACACUGUUGAGAAACUUAAAAAGGUCAUUGGAGCUCCUAGAAAUUACGGUCCUACAGCGGAGGAGUUGGAGGAGAUGAAGAGGGUGGAAGAAGAAGCUCAUCUGAAGCACGAGACAGAAGAAAGACAGGAGCGAGAAAGGCGGGAGGCAGAGGAGAGUGCUCUUCGUAAACAGAGACAAGAGGAAUGGACUCAGCGAUUGAAUGAGGUGAAGCGUGAGGAGUACGAACUCCUUGAGGCCCAGUCUAUACCCCUGAGGAACUACCUGAUGAAACACGUGAUGCCUACACUAACACAAGGUCUCAUCGACUGCUGCAAGACCAGACCUGAUGACCCCAUCGAUGCCUUGGCCGAGUAUCUGUUCCAGAACAAUCCACAGGUUGACUAACAAGCAAUCAUGAAGAACAAUAAGACUUAUAUACUGUGAACUUGGAUAUACUAUCAUCAUAAAUAACAUCAGCUAUGAAAUGUGCCUGUGUUGUCUAAAAUCAUUCAGUGCCCUGUGGAGAUGUUCUCUCUAGACUAAGCUGUUUGUGGAAAACUCAGAGUGGAUAUAUUGUCUAAGAUUUCACCUUGCUUUGGUUGUGUAAAAUACAGCAGUUUUACAUACUUACGAGCAUUCAGACUCAGUUAGGAAUGGCUGGGCCUUUUAACAGCUACAGAAUGUGAUAUUUACAUAAGUUUUAAUAUGUACAUAAAUCAAUGUAAAAUUAUCAUUAAAAUAUUAAAUUGUAUGAA